AUGGACACGUCCAGUUGGAAGGAGAUGGAGGUGGCACUGGUCAGUUUUGACAACGCUGAUCAGAUCGUGGAGGAUCCCUGUUAUUCAAACGACCUCAGCCCCGCCAGCCAGGCACGGAAGGGCCACCCCAGCUGCGCCAACCUCCUCUCCAACCUGAGGAUCCUCAUCAACAGCGACAACGCCAACAAUGAGACCAUCUUCUCCAGGUUCUCCGCCGAGUUCAGCGAGCACCUGCUGGGGGAGAGGGUGGGGAUGGACGAGGGGGACCAGCGCGUCAUCAUCAACAUCGCUGGGCUGAGGUUCGAGACGCGGCUCAAGACCCUGGACCAGUUCCCCGAGACCUUGCUGGGGGACCCCGAGAAGAGGAUGCGGUACUUCGACUCCAUGAGGAACGAGUACUUCUUUGACAGGAACAGGCCCAGCUUCGACGGGAUCUUGUACUAUUACCAGUCUGGGGGGAAGAUACGGCGCCCGGCCAACGUCCCCAUCGACGUCUUCGCCGACGAAAUCACCUUCUACGAGCUGGGCGACGAAGCCAUGGACCAGUUCAGGGAGGACGAAGGGUUCAUCAAGGACCCCGAGACCCUCUUGCCCACCAAUGACUUUCACAGGCAGUUCUGGCUGCUCUUCGAGUACCCCGAGAGCUCCAGCGCAGCCAGGGGCGUGGCUCUGGUCUCCGUCCUGGUCAUCGUCAUUUCCAUCAUCAUCUUCUGCAUGGAGACUUUGCCGGAGUUCAGGGAGGAGAGGGAGUUUAAAUCCCCCCAGGAGCUUUCUAAGAACCUGACAGACAGCUCUCUGGCCCACAGCACCUUCACAGACCCUUUCUUCGUCAUAGAGACCGCCUGCAUCGUCUGGUUCUCCUUCGAGCUCUUCGUGCGCUUCGUCGUGUGCCCCAGCAAGGCCGAGUUCUUCAGGAACAUCAUGAACAUCAUCGACGUUGUGUCCAUCAUCCCCUACUUCGUGACGCUCACCACCGAGCUGAUCCAGCAGAGCGAGCUCAACGGGCAGCAGAACAUGUCCUUGGCCAUCCUCCGGAUCAUCCGGCUCGUCAGGGUCUUCCGUAUCUUCAAGCUGUCCCGGCACUCCAAGGGGCUGCAGAUCCUGGGGCAGACCCUCAAGGCCAGCAUGCGGGAGCUGGGCUUGCUCAUCUUCUUCCUCUUCAUCGGCGUCAUCCUCUUCUCCAGCGCCGUCUACUUCGCCGAGGUGGACGAGCCUCAGUCCCACUUCUCCAGCAUCCCCGACGGCUUCUGGUGGGCCGUGGUCACCAUGACCACCGUGGGCUACGGCGACAUGUGUCCCACCACGCUGGGGGGCAAGAUCGUGGGCACGCUGUGCGCCAUCGCGGGCGUGCUGACCAUCGCUCUGCCCGUGCCCGUCAUCGUCUCCAACUUCAACUACUUCUACCACCGCGAGACGGAGAACGAGGAGAAGCAGCUGCUGCCGGGGGAGGUGGAGCGGCUCCUGAGCAGCGCCGUGACGGGCGCCGGCAGCCUGGAGUCGCUCAACAAGACCAACGGGGGUUACCCGCGGGACAAGGCCAAGAAGUGA